UCCAUGGCGAGUACAAAUAACGUGACCGAGUUAAUUAUCGUCGGUCUUUUCCAGGAUCCAGAGGUGCAGAGAGGGUGCUUUGUGGUGUUUCUUCUGGUGUACCUGGCCACAGUGGUGGGCAAUGGUCUCAUUGUUCUGACAGUCAAUGUCAGUAAGAGUCUGCGUUCCCCCAUGUACUUCUUCCUUAGCUACUUGUCCCUGGUGGAGAUCACUUACUCCUCCACUGUUGUCCCUAAAUUCAUCACAGACUUACUUGCCAAGAUUAAAACCAUCUCCCUGGAGGGCUGUGUGGCUCAGAUAUUCUUCUUCCACUUCUUUGGAGUUACUGAGAUCUUCCUGCUGACGGUAAUGGCCUAUGACCGCUACGUGGCCAUUUGCAAACCCCUUCACUACACAACUAUCAUGAGCCGGUCUGUGUGUCGCCUUCUGGUGGCUGGAUCCUGGCUUGGGGGCUUUUUUCAUUCCAUGGUCCAGAUUAUUAUCACUCUUCAGUUGUCUUUCUGUGGUCCCAAUGUGAUUGACCACUACUUCUGUGACCUCCAUCCCUUAUUCAAGCUUUCCUGCACUGACACUUCUGUGGAGGGGGUUAUUGUGUUGGCCAACAGUGGAUUAUUUUCUAUCUUCUCCUUCCUCCUCCUGGUGUCCUCCUAUAUUGUCAUCCUGUACAAUCUGAGGAACCAUUCUGCAGAGGGGAGGCGCAAAGCCCUCUCCACCUGUGCCUCUCACAUCACAGUGGUCCUCUUGUUCUUUGGACCUGCCAUCUUCCUCUACAUGCGGCCUCCCUCUACUUUCACUGAGGACAAACUGGUGGCCGUGUUCUACACAGUUGUCACCCCCAUGCUGAACCCCAUCAUCUACACACUCAGGAAUGCAGAGGUGAAAAAUGCCAUGAGGAAGCUGUGGGGGAAGAGAAUGAAUUCAGGGAGGGACUAA